GCUCCCUGGACAUUGAGCAUUCUGGGCGACACCGAAACGUUCUCGUUUGGUAAUUCAGUGUCGAUUUGCAAUCGAAUCAUGAAGUGUGCAUACAUCUUCGUACUAGUGCUAAGCUUAUUCGUGGUGGGAAUAGCCAAUGGCCAAGCCGCGAGUGAUCGAUUGUGGAACAGCUUACACCGUGCCCGUAGAUCUCAGGGACCAGUAAACUACGGAUUUCCAACAUUUCCCACCUGGGGUCAGGGAUCGCAGCUCGGUGGCGGCCAGGGUCAGGGGCUCGGUGGCUUCGGACAGGGCGGUCUCUUCAGUCGGGGCGAUUUUGCUGACUUGAUGCCAGAUCCGUCACAGUUCAAGGGGAACCAAGGAUGGGUCACCAAAAGCUGUGUUUACGACGAAAAAGGAAAAGCAAAAUGCGUAGAAAAGAAGGGCGAUAAGCCGUAGACCGUUGCGGAAAGCAACCGACCGGGAGGUGCGAGUUUUGUUGCAAUUUACGAAAAGUUAACAAUAAACAUGGCUUUUUAGUUUUGAUCGUUAUUACAACACAAUA